AUGGCGAUUCAGCAGAGGCAACGACUAGGUUUAGUCAUUUUAGCCCUUUAUCUGACGAUUCCAACCGUGUCGGGGAAGCGGGACAAUCUGAAAGUCAUCACUGACGGAAACUGGGAGGAAAUUCUAGCGGGAGAAUGGAUGAUUGAAUUUUUCGCGCCCUGGUGUCCGGCAUGCCAGCAGCUGCAGCCCGUGUGGGAUGAGUUUGCAGAUUGGGGCGAGGACAUGGGGAUCAAUGUUGCGAAAGUGGACGUCACUGAACAGCCUGGUUUAAGUGGCAGAUUCAUUAUCACGGCACUUCCGACCAUCUAUCACUGCAAAGAUGGAGUGUUCAGGCGGUACCAGGGUGCCCGCACUAAAGAUGACUUCCUCAGUUUUAUUGAUGAGAAGAAAUGGGAGAGCAUUGAGCCUGUGUCUUCUUGGUUGGGGCCGUCUUCCUUCCUAAUGAACGCAAUGUCUGCUCUCUUCAAGCUGUCUAUGUUUAUACGGCAAUGCCAUAACUACAUGACGGAACAGCUGGGUGUUCCUGUGUGGGGCUCCUAUGUCAUCUUUGCUCUUGUGACUCUGUUCUCUGGCCUGGCUCUGGGACUGGUCCUUGUGUUCAUCGCAGACUUUGUUUUCCCGUCCCGGCGAUUCACUGCUGCACCACACUACUACCAUAAGAGGCAAGCAGUGGAGCAGGCCCGACUCCUACAGCAGCUGGAGGAUGAGCACAUGGCCGACGGAGAGGAAGAGGAGGAGGACGAGGAAGAGUACGAAACAAGAGGACAAGAGGAUGAUAUGUGGAGACAGAGGAGAAGAGGAUCUUCUGAGGGAUGUACAGAAGGAUUUGGUGAGGACACGGUAAGAAAAAGGGCUGUUUAAGGCCCUCGAGAGGAAGAAGACGAGGACUCCUAGAGGCCAGGAGGGGAACUAC